CAAGAAAGCCAAGAAGAAGAUUGAAGGUGCUAAUUCCAAUGUCUUCUCCAUGUUUGAGCAGGCCCAGAUCCAGGAAUUCAAAGAGGCAUUCACCAUCAUGGACCAGAACCGGGAUGGCUUCAUUGACAAGGCAGACCUGAGAGACACAUUUGCUGCCCUGGGGCGCCUGAAUGUGAAAAAUGAGGAGAUUGAUGAGAUGAUAAAGGAGGCACCCGGGCCAAUCAACUUCACUGUGUUUCUCACCAUGUUUGGGGAGAAAUUGAAGGGUGCCGACCCAGAGGAGACAAUCCUGAAUGCCUUCAAGGUGUUUGACCCAGAGGGGAAAGGCCUGAAAUCUGACUACAUCAAAGAGAUGCUGAUGACACAGGGUGAGAGAUUUUCCCAGGAAGAGAUCGAUCAGAUGUUCACAGCCUUCCCUCCAGACAUGUCUGGCAACCUGGACUACAAGAACCUGGUCCACGUCAUUACGCACGGCGAGGAGAAGGACUAGCCCAGGCUGGGUGCUGGGGCUGGCACCACCAGAUCCCCUCUGUGUGGGGGGCACUGGGUGGGCCCCUUUCCCUCUCUCCCUGGGG